AUGGUGGGGUCACAGGUCCCCAGUGGCUGGCACAGAGCCACAGCGGUGGGCACAGAGCCACAGACGGGUGUCGUGGUUCUGCGGAGGCAUGUCACAGGGCCGCAGCUGUGGGUUGCGGGCCGCGGAGGGGCAUCAUGGGGCCGUGGUGGCUUGGCACAUGGCUUUUUGGUGUUAGGGGUGGUCUACCCACCCGAUUUUGCAGAAAAGGAGAAGUCCACAGCAAAAGCCCUGGAAGAUGCAAAGGCAAACUUUUACUGUGAAUUAUGUGACAAGCAGUAUCACAAACAUCAGGAGUUUGACAAUCAUAUUAAUUCUUAUGAUCAUGCUCAUAAGCAGGAUUUUGCAGAAAAGGAGAAGUCCACAGCAAAAGCCCUGGAAGAUGCAAAGGCAAACUUUUACUGUGAAUUAUGUGACAAGCAGUAUCACAAACAUCAGGAGUUUGACAAUCAUAUUAAUUCUUAUGAUCAUGCUCAUAAGCAGAGACUGAAAGAAUUAAAACAACGAGAAUUUGCUAGAAAUGUAGCUUCCAAGUCUUGGAAAGAUGAGAAGAAACAAGAAAAAGCUCUUAAGCGACUUCAUCAGCUGGCUGAGUUAAGGCAACAGCAGUCUGCAUGUGUUUCUGGAAAUGGAUAUGGACCAGCAUACAAAGCCCCCAAGAUAGCCAUAGAAAAACAGCUCCAACAAGGUAUUUUCCCAGUUAAGAAUGGAAGAAAACCAUCAUACAUGAAGAGUGCACUUCUUCUUAAGGGCAAGAGCCUCCCCAGAAGCACUGCAGAGAGACAGUGGUCCACCAUGCCUAGUCGACAUCAGCUCCAAUCAGACAGAUGUUAUUUAUUUGGAAAUCGGGUAAUGCAAACACCUUCUAAUCUUAGCAAUGCAAAUCACAGAACAGGAGUAUCAUUUUCAUUUUCAAAAAAAGCAUAUCUAAAAUUAGAAUCUUCAGCCUCAGUAUUCAGUGAGAAUGCAGAAGAUACCCAUGAUUGUAACAAGUCACACACCUAUAAAACAAAACAAACUGUGGAGAAAUGUAAGUGUUCCAGGUUUGCAAAUGAGGAUAUGCACCUUACCAAGGAAAAUGUUGUCAACAUGUCACCAAGCCAUCUGGAGAAUGUUUUGAACAACACUUUCUCCAUGAAUUCAAAAACUUUGCAAAACAAAAAUGAAUCAAUUAAGAAACUGGAAGGUUCAAUAGGCAUCCAUGCUUCUUUCUCUAAAUCUAACACCCAUCUUUUAGAAGUGAAUUGUACUUCUUCCAGCAGAGAGAAGGAGGCUAGGAACACACUGGAGAAUGCUUCAGAGAACUGCAUUAAUCACUCAUGCCAAACAAACACUUGCACCAACCCACAAGACAUUUAUCACACUAAUGCCAGUAUAUUUGAAUGUCUGGAUGAAUCUUUAUCUCCAGGACCAAGUGAGCAAAGGAGUACAGUGCAUUUGAAUGCUAAUUCCAGAAUACAGAGCAGAGGAAAAUCUUUAGAUGAAACAGAAAGAGUGGAAAAACUUUUGAGAGAAAGAUGUCCCCAUGAUGUGAAAAACAAGCCACUGUCUUUUCUCCAUGUACAGAGCAAAGAUGGCCACACUACUUUGCAAUGGCCUGUGGAACUGCUGCUCUUUACAAAAACAGAACCCUGCAUUUCUUAUGGCUGCAACCCAUUAUACUUUGAUUUUAAGCUUUCACAGAACACAAAAGAUGAGCAUAAUUCAGAAGGCUUGAAAAUGAAAUUGGGCAAAGAAGCUUUGGAAAUGAAAAGAAAAUUAGAUAGCCAAGUCUCAGGUUUAAUCAAACACCAACAAAAGUUAAUCCCAGAUCAUCAAUCUAUGAAACCAAACAUGAUUGUGGCAAAACCAGAUUUGCAAAAUUUCCAGACAAAACAUACUUUGGGCUACAACAAUUUUGAGCCUCAUAGGGGUAAACAUAAUUUUAAUGCGAGUGAUUUGGAAUUUAAAAAUCCCAAAGUUCCUGCUUUCCUUAAUAUGUCUCUAAAGGAUUGUAGAGGUAAGAAUAAUACUGAUGAUAAUGAAUUUAAGGAAUCUACAAAGGUCCAUUGGCAAACAUGUGAAAGAGUCAUUCUAAAUGAUGCAAAGGAGGGCUUAUCCUGUCCUCCUCAUAUCUCCAGGACUAAAAAGCAUAAACUUAUUCCCCACAAUCCUGAUUCAGAGAUUGAAGAGGAAAACAAGUUUACCUGGAAUUCUAGUCCUUUUGUAGCUGACAGCCACAGUGACUGUGGGGAUGACUUCAGUGUCACUUUGAACAGAAAUAUCAGUAUGGCCAACAGGACUGCUGGAUGUGGAAACCAAAGGAACAGCCAAAAACAUUCUCCAAAGCCACCUCUGGAUGGACAAUCAAGUCCCCUGGAUAUAUCUCCUAGCAGUCCGUCCAGUUGGAGAAAAACUUGCUUAUGUCAUAGGUCCAAUAGCAAUGACGGUGGUAAUCUGUUCUACUUUUGUCAAAGAGAAAACAACUCAAGUGAAAGACUCAAAGAGAAAUACAAGAAGCACAACUGUCUCUACUUGUCUGAUGAGACAUUAAGCUCUCCAUCGGAAACACAGAGAGACAGGAACUGUAGAUUGUGGGAAUCAUUUAAAAAUAAAAAACAUUCAAAUCAUAGAUACUGUCACUGCAAAGGAAAAUGUAAACUGGGGAAAAACCAGCAGUUCUCAGGAACAAAAUCCACAAGAAUCAUCUAUUGUGAUUCUAGCUCACAGCUGUCCCCUGCUAGAAACAGUGGAAAACUGCUUAAUGGCCAGAAACCUCAGCACAACAAAUUGAGCUCUUUCACAAGACAAAGAAUUUACUGCUUAAGAAAAAGCAAGAAAAGUAAAAAAUAUUCAGCCAGCCCUCAUUCUUGUGAUCUGGGAAAAGUUGAGCACAAGCCCUGUAACUCGGGCGCCAUCACUUACCUUCUGAGAAACUGUCCCAGUAGCUCUUCAGAAACCACAGAGUCAAGCAUUCUACAAGGGGAGAAGACAUACACUAUGACAGCCCAAAACCUUUUAGAAAGAGUACAAGCCAAGAAGUGUCAGGAACAAUCAACUAAUCUUGAGGUCUCUUUAAACAGUUAUGAAAAUGAAUCAGUGACAAAUUCACAAAUUCAAUGCACAAUUCAACUUGUACCACCAAUUUUCGACAGACCAACAUUGCCUUCAUCAGGGAAAAGACACUGCACAAGUAAAAGAAGUGAUAAAGGCGGUAGAGUUCAUAGGACUACAGGGAAAGACAAAAAUGAAAGCUCACAGGCAAAUGAUUUCUCUAUUUUAUCAGAUACUGAAUGUGAUAAUCAUCUUUCUAAAGGUGUAACCCAUGCAGUCACAGACCCUCAGUCUUUAAGCAGAAAAAAGAACCCAGUAACAAAAGAACAGUCAGAAUUCUUAAUUAGUAAAGUCCUACCUUUUACUCAGAAAUGUGACCCUGUGCCAAAUGAUUUCCCAGGUGCUUUUUCCUCCAGUGGGUAUACUGGUGUAGCUGAUUCAACAGAGGCCAAAGAGGACCAAAUAAAUCUAGGCUUACAGGAUAUAAGCAUGCAUAUGAAUCAUGUGGAGGGAAACGUAAACAUUUGCUAUGACAGAACUAUGCAGAAGCGUGACAAUGUGGAAGAUGAAUUAGAAUUGUGUCAUAAAUCUCUCUCUCCCCCUUUAAGUCAACAGCCUAUAACGUUUUCUCCUGAUGAAGUAGAUAAAUACAAGCUUCUACAGCUACAAGCCCAGCAGCAUGUGCAGAAACAACUUCUGUCAAAGCAUCUUCGAGUUUUGCCUGCUGCAGGAUCCAAUGCUUUCUCUCCAGCCUCUGCUAUACAGACAGUUCCAGUCCACCAGCACACAUCCAUCACCACCAUCCACCACACAUUCCUGCAACAUUUUGCUGUUUCUGCUUCUAUAAGUUCCCACAGCAGUCACCUCCCAGUGGCUCAUCUACAUCCAUUUUCACAGCCACAUUUUACACCUAUCUCAUUUUCUACCCUGACUCCCACCGUGAUCCCUGCACACCCCACUUUCUUAGCAGGUCAUCCCCUGCAUUUAGUCACUGCUACCCCUUUUCACCCAUCUCACAUAGCAUUUAGACCUCUCCCUCCUACAGCAUUUAUCCCCACAUUGUUCAGUUCUCACAUAAACCCAGCCACAACUUCUAUCAUACACUUGAAUCCUGUAAUCCAACCAGUGUUCCAAGGUCAAGAUCUUUGCCAUCAUUCUUGCUCCAGCCAGAUGCAGCAGUUAAAUGGAGUGAAAGAGGCCUUAAAUGUGUCAGGACACUUGAACUAAUAGGUGUUAGAGUUUCUCUUCUGGAUAAACAAAGAAUCAAUUUGUCACUACCUACAAAAUAGUGCAUUUAAUGUCACCUAUCUGGCUAUUAUCACAUUUAAAACACUGGUGCCAAAAAAUAUAACCCAUGUAUAAAUAUAAACUGGAUCAUCAAUAUUAAAGCGGAAUCAUUUAAAAUAACUUCUUUGCUUGCAAAAAAAUGAUAAUGCUAAUUUUAAUAAUCUUGUGGAGAGGAAGGGUGCAGUGUUAAAGAAUUAUGAGGGAUGAAUUUUCACAAUGUUAUGAAGUAGUAACAGGGAAUAUUCAGAUUGAGAAUUAAUACUAAAAUAAAAUAAAAUGGAAUAUAAUUUCCUAUGUUUUAGAUGUUUGAAGCAUAUAUGGAUAAAUGAAUGUGACUUUCAGUUUUAUUUGUCAAAUAAUAAUAAAAUAUCAGUGAAUUUCAUUACACAUUAAAAAUAAUCCCUGUGGUUCACUUUUGACCAAGGUAUCAAUCCAUAUUACAUGUUAAUAUGUUUUCACAGGAAAUAAAAUAUAGCAAGAAAUUUUCAGAUUAAUAAAGGUUAGAUAGCAUUGAAUUAAUUUCACACAGACUAAAUUGUUUAAAUUCUGUGAAGUAAUAUUUAACUUCACUUCCUAUGAAACAUUAUAGGUGUCAGUAAAUAAAGAAUGUUUAAUUUUUAGGAGCCAGGCAUGGUGGCACAUGCCUUUAAUUCCAACACCAGGGAGGCGGAGGU